AUGUCUUACCAACAACAGCAGUGCAAGCAGCCUUGCCAGCCUCCUCCUGUGUGCCCACCCCAGAAGUGCCCUGAGCCUUGUCCUCCUCCAAAGUGCCCUGAGCCUUGUCCUCCCCCAAAGUGCCCUGAGCCUUGUCCUCCCCCAAAGUGCCCCCAGCCAUGUCCCUCUCCCUCAUACCAGCAGAAAUGCCCUCCUGUGCAACCUCCUUCACCAUGCCAGCAGAAGUGCACACCCAAGAGCAAGUGAGGGCUUUAGCAGUCAUCAGGACAAGGGGAAGUGAAGAGGAUCCAUCUCAUGUACUUUUAAAGCAACACCUUCAUCUUCCAUCCAAAGCCUGGCACAGAUGU